CGUCACGAUCUCGUCUCGUGUUAUGUCUGGCCCUGCCCGACGAUCUCUUUCGACGCGUUAGCGCCGCACGGCCUUUAAAACCGUUCGCAGAGCAGUGAGUGUUGGGGCACUUGUGGAGCCGUCGCGGCGUCUCACAGAGCCCAGCGAUGCUCCGCGCGACUGUGACGAUCUGUUUGACUGCACGCGUUGCUUUGCACCUCGCAGAAACGCGCAGGCAGGCAGCAAUCAGCCCGAGCUCUGGAUGCUCUGCUGCAGGCAGAGCAGUCACAAUUUAGCUCGAAGGCCUGCCACAGCGCGAAAGGGGUUCCGGCUGGCUACGACAUCUGUGCAGCUGUGCACUGCGAUACACAGAGCGAGUCAUGCGACGCGUGGUGGCAGCCAUCCUGGCACUCAGUGCGACUGCUUUUGUAGCACCGAUUCAGCCGCCCGCUGCACCGAAACCCCAGCAGCUCGUCGUCCUGCGCGGUGCGAACGAUGAGUCCAUCUUCAGCUCAGAGAAAAUUGGAAAAGCAGCGUUCAUCAUGAUCCCGUUUAUGUGGGGCGUGAUCGACUGGGCGCACCCGCCGUGGUACGACGUCGUGCUCGACGCGUUCCGAGGAUGAGGUUCCUACUCGUAUCCACAGCGGCGGCUCUGAGCGUGCCGGGCACCCAUAAGCGGCAGAUCCGCAUCGCGCCCGGCCUGGAGGUCACCGUGCUCGAGGCCGACGAGGGCAAGCCGGGCGGCGUCCACACGGGCACCGUCACGUGGAGCGGCGGCCGCGCGCUUGCAGGCUAUCUCUCAGAGAACGCACAUCUCGUGCGCGGCAAGCGGGUCGCCGAGAUCGGCUGCGGCUGCGGCCUCGUCUCGCUGACGUGCUGCGCGCUCGGGGCGGACGCGGUGCUCGCCACAGACGUCGAAGACGACGCUCUGGCGCGCGUCGCGGGCGCACCCGACGGCGCGAAGCUAUCUACAUCCAUAUUUGACAUCUUCAGCGAGUCACCUCUACCGCCUUGCGACGUGCUGGUGGCCUCCGACGUGGGCUACACGGAGAAACUCGCCUUGGGCUUUGCGCGCCGCGCCGCCGAGGCCGUCGCGGCAGGCGCCACCGUCGUGACCUCGGACUCGACGAAGCUUCGCUGGACCGAGUUCCUCGCCGACGCGUCGCGGCUGACGGGACGCGACGUGCGGGCCUUCAGCUGGCGCGACAAAUCGAACCCGUACGUAAGGCCCGCGAGUGUAGCCGUGCUACGACCGUUCCGGAUCGGCAGCCGGCCGUCGAAGCUCGCCAUCGUGCAGGCGGAGAGGGUCCGGAGCGCUCUCAACGUCUCUUCUGCGCUUAUGCCUAUCGACGCGGCGGGUGAUAUACAAGGAAGCAAGGAGGACGCGCCGCUCGCGCGGAAAGGGGUCGAUUUCACGGGAUCGCUCGACGACGCUCUCUUAGAUGGCACGAUCGACGCAGCGGUCCAUAGCUGCAAGGACAUCCCUCCGCAGAAUCGGUGGCGCGCGGGCCUGACCAUAGCCGCGUGCCUACCCCGCGCUGACGUGCAAGACGUCCUGGUCGGGCCCUACGCGUCCUUGCAGGAUCUGCCAGCCGGCGCUAGGGUAGGAUCGGCGUCGAUGCGGCGGCAGGCGCAACUCUUAGCGCGGCGGCCGGACGCGCAAGUUGUGAACAUCCGCGGCAAUGUAUUGGAAAGACUGGCUGCACUCGAUGCUGGUGAAGUAGACGCCCUGAUUCUGGCCAAGGCCGGGCUUGACCGGCUCGCAGAGGCUCGGGCAGAUGUCCAUCCGAUACCGCUGGAUGACAUGUUGCCCGGCGCGGCGCAAGGAAUUAUCGCCGUCGUGUGCCGCGCCGACGACGCGGCGACGGCGGCGAUUCUAGACAACAUAGACGACCGCGCGGCGCGUCGUUGCGUGGCCGCCGAACGGGCGCUGCUCGACGUCGUUGAUGAGAGCCUGCGACGAAAGUGGCCGGGCAGACCACCGGUCGCCGCCUACUGCUGCGGAAGCGUCCUGCGGGGCAAAUUGGCGACGCCGGACGGCUCGGCCGUCGUCGAGGUGUCGGAAGCCCUCCACGACGGCGAGUCGUUCGAGGACCUCGGGCGGCGCGUGGGGCACGCGCUGGUCGAGCAGGGCGGGAGCGCGUUCCUUUCCGGCUACUAGCCCGCGAUAAAUUAGAAUAAUAACCCACAAGUUUACGGCCUCCACACGCCGUCGACGCGACACGC